AUGCCAAAACUGCAUACCAUCCUGCCGCCAGUCCCGACGCCCGCUUGCCCGAUCCCCGCAGUCAUUGCGGAUGAGUUGGCAACGUUUGAGAUGGCGGCGAUACCGUCUCUGGCCUCCCAGGCGGAGACGCAUCCGCUGUGGUUCCAAGCCCGCAACGUCGACGUGAUGGACAAGAACGGCAUCAUCAUAGGCAAGGCGAGCGAUGGGAGGGACGCCAAUGGCGAAGAGCAGGACGGCCAAGGGUCCACGCCGGAAGCCAAGUUCCGGAACCUCGCCGGCGCAAUCCUCUUUUUCGAGGGUGCUUGGUCUCGUCAAUGA